AUGCCCAAUAUGGUGGAAUCUUCAUCUUGGAUCGUAGUUCAUCAGAGUACGUUCCGUUCGGUUGCCUUUAUUUUCAUUGGACUUAUUCAAGACACUUGCAUAAAGCCUGAGUCCUCGCGGACCUAUCAUCUGUCAUCUCCAUCCAAAGAGCAUAAUAUGAAUAUUACACUUCAAAGAACUCAACUUGGAAAAGUGUCAGUUAUGUUGUUAAUGUCGUUCAAAGUACAAUAUCAUGUUAGCGAAAGGAAUUUUCAACCAAUCGGCAACACGCUUGAGGGAGUUUGGAUUGGUUGUUUGAUCGAUAUCUUCAUCAUUGAGGCGCCAAAGGUUUCAGAGUAUAAGGCAUGCGCUCGAAUGUUACGAGAAUAA